AUGAAAGCCACGAGUAUGAAUAUUUUGGAGUGGGUCAUCCUGGCAGCUGCUCUUGUCAGCGGAGCAAGUGCAACUCAGAAACCGAUAAAAGGCGACUUCAUCUGCGAACACCCUCCGUACACCGUUUCGCUGGUAUCCAAGUCACCGCUGGUUGCAUACCUUCACAAUUUCAUCACCCCAAAAGAGAGGGCUCACCUGCAGGAAGUGACCAAAGAUAGCUUCUCCCGUUCCGGGGUCACAGGGGCCGAUGGCGAACACUCCGUGCGAACAUCACAAUCCACCUCCGUGGCACCGGAUGAUGUUGUCAGGUGCAUCGAGGACCGCGCACUUGCUUUCCAAGGCUAUGAUGUCCAGCGAAGCCACGUUGAACCCUUACAGCUGGUCAAGUACGGCAUAGGACAGCGAUAUCACUUCCAUACCGACUGGUUCACCGAUCUUUCCCACGCCACAGCAGACCUAGGUGGGAAUCGGGUGUCGUCCUUCUUCGCGUACGUGCACGUGUCGAACGACACGACCGGGGGAGGGACGAACUUCCCCAUUCUCGAGGCGCCGAGAGAUUCUCGCUGGUGCUCCAUAGUGGAUUGCGACGAACCGUAUGAGAAUGGGGCGACUUUUAGGCCUAUCGAGGGCAACGCGGUGUACUGGGAGAAUCUAUUCCCAAACGGCAUGGGUGAUGAGAGGACACUGCACGCUGGAUUACCGGUGACGACGGGACAGAAGAUAGGCAUGAAUAUCUGGACAAGACAGGGACCACUGAGUGAUGAGAUCCGGGGAGACAGAUGA